UGGGUGGAGAAGCGGGUGCAGAGAUACGAAAAGGCGCUGCGGCUGUUCCGCGAGCACUUGCUGGUACUCGUUCACAUGACAGGUGGUGCGCCUGCCCGCGGUACAGAGCUGGUGACGGUCACGCACACCAACAUGCCCAACGCAGAGAGCCGCGGGCUGUUCGUCGAGGACGGGCUGAUGGUGUACGUGACCAUGUACCACAAAGGCAUCGGGCAGACCGGCAAUGCCAAGGUCAUUCACCGCUACCUGCCGCGCGAAGUCGGCGAGCUGCUGUUCUACUACCUGUGGAUGGUCCUCCCGUUCUGGCAGAAGCUG